GGCUCAACGCACAUGAUUUGAAGUAGGGCUUGCUUUGAGAUGAAUGAGGACGAGGUGGAGCGAAAAUAACUAGCUCAUUUUCUUUUCCAAAUAAAAUUUCAGCUUAAUACAAGGGACGUGAAAGUAAGGGCACGGUGAAGCUGAUAGCCUUGUUUCUUGUGUAUGAUUUAUCAAAAUCGAAACUUUAUGGCACGCCGAAGGUAACGAGUGAUAUUUUUUCUGGCAAUGAGGAUCACGCAGCACGGUGUCAAAUGAACAGGGCAUAGGACGACCAGAUCUUCUUUGUUCGAUGACAUUCGUGAAACAGUAUUUUUGCUUUUCCCACGAGUCUAUGUCUAGUUCACCAGAAGAGAGAGAUGCUCUGGCAGUUGCCGCUACGAGCGCGAGUCCACAGCGCAUUCUUUAUCUACUUUUGUUUGAUGAACGUAUAAAUAUAAGUACAUUGGAUUGACACAUGAGACAAGUGUUCUGACGUGAUUGAUAAAAGAUCUUCAUACAUGAUCGUCAUGUAGUACCUCUUCCUCGACCCUCGAUCGCUUGCUGCGUGUCAUUAGUACAAGAUGCUCGGUCGCUCCUUGCGGGCUCCGCCUGCACCCGGCGUUUCAAUCGUCGUUGCUCUGCUUUUCGUCGCGCGCUGCGCUUUUUCUCUGGAACUAGGCGUCGAUACACGGACUGUAGAUCGCUCCUCGUCCUCCUGGAAGAGCUUUUUCAAGUUCUCAAAAAGAACGACGUCACAAGAUAAAUCUGCGAGGACAGCGACCUUCUACGUAAUAUCCGGCGGCGCAAAUAAACCUUCCUUGUCCACCCCGAUCGUGUGUCCGCAAGCCAACCAGCACCUACUGGAAGACGACUCGACCAAGUAUUGCAGCGCCAUGCUGCAGGAGUGCCAGUGCCGGGAGGAGCAGCUGAAGAGCGUCAAGGCAGAGAAGUGCGCGGCGUUUGUGCGGGACCUGUCUCUGGUGACCAAGGAGUCCGGGACCUGUCUGGCCAAGAUCCAGCUGGCCACGGAGAAAAAGCAUCACUGCUUACAGCAAAACGAAAAAGCGGCCACGGUGAUGCGCAAGGAAAAAGUCAAAGACAUCCUGCGGUCGGCGACAAACAAGUCGUCGCGAGGUGCAGGAGCCACGACAGCCCUGAUACUGGCCAGUGCAAGUAAAAAUGUGGACGAGACAGACGCGACCGAGUUCAAAGAUGUGUGUGACAGUGUCGACUACGAGCAGAUGUGCGGAAAAGAGCGGCACGACGCCCUCUGCUUACACAACCACUGCGGAAGGCGGAUCACCAGCCUGAACUCCGAACUAAAACGAAUCGACAAUGUAUCCUGAGGAAUGAAAAUUAUGCCAUAAUCGACUCCAAUUUGUCUUGCAUGGUUUACACAUACGCAUGAAAAUUUAAACUGCAUUUCAAUUUCUACUUUUCUUGUUGCGCGCUCGCGCAUUACUUUACAAAUACAAGUGGAGGGAUGAAGUGAAGAAGAAGAUGGCAAUUGUUUCUUGGAUGCAAUGCGUUGGAGCUGUACGGGAUUAUUUCGGACUCCUUGGUAUCAGAAGAAAAUGUAUUAACCAACGUUCACGGAAUUUGUAAUGCAAGAACCCAUCGCAUGCAGAAAGAGCAAGAAAUCUGCAUUGCAAAGACUGCGUGCGAAGCAAAAUCUGUCAUGCCUGAUUUUUGCAGUUUCUGAAAUAAACCGCUUGCGUUAAUAACACUUUUCUGCUUGAUACUCGGUGAAGCGGUUUCACCACCCGAUCUGUCCAGACGAGUGAGAUCGGAAUCAGACCAUGAACAAAAGGAAAUCCGAAUAAAAUAUUUCCAAACUAUGUACUUAAAUCAGGACCACGACCACAGCAGGCAGCAGAAAAGAGCAGGUUUAAUAUUGCUGAUCAUGCAAUUUAAUUGAUACUAGCGCGGCUUUACGAUUAUGAGGACCGAAAUCGAUUGCAGUUCCUAAGUUUCUGUUUCAGUAGUUUUUCGUCCCACUCCUGUAGAUCUUCUAGGUGCUGUACUUUUUUCCUUUACAAAUAUAGCCGUACUAGACGCAACUUCGGCGUGUAGAGAACGAGUCAU